AUGCAUCCUUCCGAUGACGGCGCUGCCCACGUGGUCUCGAUGCAGCGAGGUCCGUACCGUCCAGUCCACUCCACACAAGAGGCGGCGCAUCAGCAGCCCGACGCGCCCUUGCAGAAUCCAAAUCUGGUGCAGCAAACGCCCCACUAUCUUCCCCAUGGGGCUGAUCCGUUUGCGCGCGGGGCUCUGCACGAGGCCCCGCCGGACUGCGGCCCGGUGCGCGCGGCGCCAGACUCCAGACAGCACGUGACACACAGCGGGGAUCCUGCGUUCCACGUGUCGCAAAAGCUUCUGGGGCACCAGGACACGGGCACUGGGCGGGAUGACAGAAUGCCCACGACGGCCUUCCGUCCGGGUCAGCCCCAGCAAACGUUAGAGCAGUACUUUUAUGAACAGAGGAUGCUUGCCAGUCAACAGUCCUUGGCGCAGCCGCAUGCGUUUUCAGGGCUGCGCGGGUCUUCCGUCUCCGCCCCAGGUCACCAAGGUCUGCUGCCGCACCACGCUGGCCCAGCGCUUCACUCCCACGGACAUCCGCUCGACGGCCAGCAAGCGAGCGGCCACGUGAAUGGACAGCUGUACGAGGACGCAGCUCGCCAGCGUUCACAGGCUUCACGGCGGCAGGACAAUCCACAGGCCGCUGCCUAUCCGCAGCCCUCCAGGCAGAACUCUCGGCCCGGUGCGGUGCGCACGGGCAGCGACAGUUCAGGAGUCGGCGCGCGAUCGGGAAACGCUGGCCAGAUCCAAGUGGAGCCACGACACGUCAUUAUUCUUCUCAGGCAGAUGGCUGAGGAAAAUCCCGAAAGAUUCAAGAAGUACCGCAUCGAAUCCGAGAUGCCGGCGAAGGCUCUGCACCAGUUGCUUCAUGAGUUGGAGAAGAACCAGUUGAUCAAGCAGCAGGAAGUCCUCCGACGCGCACACGCCCUCGCAGCGCAGCAAGCUGAAGGCUCCGAAGAGAAGCGGAACCGCGCGGCUCAUCCUGCCCCAAAGGCAGCGCCGUCCGGCGCGACAGCGGGAGAUCCACAGAGGGCGCCUCCUCCCGGUGGCCCGGCCGUUCCCCACGGGCAUCCUCAGAGGAGUCGCGACGCGCCGCCGCUGGGCGACUUGAGUGCUUCCGUCCCCGCGGCCUCGUGGCCAGCGGAUUCGCCUGCAGCGGACGGGGACCAGGCUGCUCCAGAGCAUAAUGCGGCAACGCACCCCACGCAGGCGCCUGCCCAUUUCUUCUCGUCUGCGCAUGAGGCGGCCGAUCGAGGCAACCCUGCAGCCGGCGUUUUCCCCUUUCCGCACGGAGGGGUUGGAACGGCAGGACGUCCUCAGCAGCCUCCGGGGCUCGACGUGGAGGCGGCGGCUGGCAGCUGGGGGGUGGGGGUGCCGAGAGUGGGACAGCCGGGGAACGUGAAAUCGCCCCCAGCAGAAGCCGCUGGAGCGAGCGCGCCGUCCAGCGACGCGACAGGCACUUCAAAGCCUCGAGGUCUGGGAAGUCCGUCGUACGAGAAGCAAAUGGAGUUGCUGCUGAAAUUGCUGAGGACUCCGCGAGGCUCGCUCGCCAUUCAACAGCUCGUCGACGCAGGGCGUGUGAAACAGGAGCUCCUGCAAGCUGCGAUUGAGAAACACCGACGGCAGGAGGGCGAGGGGUUGCCGAGCGCGACUCCUGGACCCGCACACGCCGAUGGCACCGGCCGCUUCGCUCCGCGGACGAACAAGGCCGCGGGCUCGCAUCCGCUGCAGGCGACUUCCGACGCCGGCUGCCCAGCUGGAGGCGACCAGCCUUUCGCCCCUCCGGGAACGCCUCCCGCUUUUUUGGACAAGUCGCCAGCGCCCUCGGAUCCCCAGAGCGCCGACGGGCACCCAGUCAAGCGCGCGCGCGUCGACUCCGACAACCCUUUGGCCGGGGCUCGCGAAGAAGAGGCGGGCUGUCGAGAACGGCCUGCAGUUGCCCAUCUCCCUCCAGGCUCCCCCGAAGGCAGUUCAGCGUUUGGAGAUGGCCAAGAAGCCGCUGUUGGCGGCGCCGCUGGCGAGAGGCAAGGCAGACAGCCGGGCAGUCGAGACCGCGAACAGGGACAGGCCGGUCGAUGCGACGGCGUCGCGGGUGCGGUGAACCUAACCGCGUCUGCUCGACUCCAAGCAGGCGGUCUCAGCUCGGGGAACGGCGCGCCGUCUGCGGGAGUGCGGGGAGCGGCGCCUGCGAAUGCGGGCUCUGGGACCCAGCGAGCGCCGAGUGGCGCUGCGCGAAGCAAUGCGCCCGCAGAGAGUUUCGGGGAAUGCCCUCCAGCGACGCUGCACAGCGGGGGCGUGUCUGGGGGCGCGGCGGUCUUCCCCGGAUCUGACGGGUCGGGAAGCAUGGGGAGUCACCGUCUCGCUUUUGUGAGGAUGAUGCGCACGCUGCUGUCUCGGCCGCAGCCCGUCAAGCGCAUCGAGCCGGACGCGUGGGACGGAGAGGGUGGUGCACUGGCGAUUGAAGCGACCGUGGCGGGUCUCGCUGACUACGCGGGACCGCGCCCCGUGUACACUGCUCGUCACCGCGGCGGACAGGCGUUGGGUGUCGAGACGGACGCACAGUCUCUCUCGGAGGCGCUGCGGAGUGUGGCGAGGCGCACCGCGGUGGCUCUGGAUCCAGGCACGGAGACACGACUCCAAGCGGAGCCGCCGGCUCCAGGCGUGGCGGCGCAGGUGCACCAGAUGCAGGAGCGGCAGGCGGUUCGCAGCCAACAGCCGUUCUACCACAGCCUUCACCAGCUUUCCUUCCUGACGCAGCCUGCGGGACCUUUUCCCACGCACGGGGCUCCAGCGGCCUUUCGCUCGUUGCGAGAUGACGCGAGAGGGAUGCCCGGGUACUACCUGGACGCCAAGGGAAGGAGCGUGGCUCUGGCGGCGUGGCGCAACGUUCCAAGGCGCGCGGACGACGCCUGCUUCGCACCGCGGCGAAGGCUAGGCCGCCUGGAUUCCCAUAUUCAGCGCCUGCUGGAGACCUCCGUGAGACGCUUGAGUGGCGUGUAUGGCCGGAGAUUUCUCUUGCGCGACGAGAAAGCGAUUCGCGACACGAUCAAGCGAGCGUUAAAAGACAGACUACGGGCUAUGGCGCCAAGUCUGAGUGCGCUUUCCGAGUACCGAGUUGACCGCCUUUUCCAGCGUUUGUCUGCCGGCGCAGAUCCGUCAGACAACAGCCGCACCGUUGAUUUCGAUUUCCCCGACGAGGGGAUGGGCGACGACGCGUUCGCAGAACUGUUGCAAGGCUCGUAUCCGUGUAACAGCGAGAGACCGUCCGACUGGGAAGGCCCAGACCCUGGCUCGGGCAGCGCGCUGGCGACAAGUGGCCCCGCAGGUUUGCUCCAGCAUUUCUCGAUCAAACAAGACAUCGGUGAACUGCAGGCCUUCUUUAUGCAGAAGGAGAGCGACAGACAACUGGUGGACCGUCUGCGGAAGCUCCAGGAGAACCAGCGGAGAAACCGGUCCAAUCGAGCAAGACAGCGCGCAGUGGCGCCGGCAGGCGACGCGGCGGGCGGAGGCCUCACAGCCAGCGAAGAUUUGAGUCGCGACGGCGUCGGCGAUGCGACGGACAGCCUCUCUGCGUUGUUUGGACCAGCGCCAGGGGCCGCAGCUGCCGCCGAAGGGGCUCCGGGGCCGAGCGUCUGGGCGCCGGCGCUCCGUUCUGGCGGCUCUCUCGGCAGCCAGCAGUGGAAAGUGCAGAAGGCAAAGCAGGAGCAGCUGGAGGCUCAGCGGCGAGAGGCCGUGGCCGUCGCGGAAGCGAAGGCGAUUGAAUUUGCGAAGGUUGCUCAAUCCCAGCGAUGCCUGCUUUUGAAAGUCACCGCCCUGGACUUCCGAGCCUUUCUGCACACGCGAACGGCAGCCUCGCUGUUCCCCGCACAGUUCAGGUUGCGUCAGCUUCAGCUGAUUGAGAUGCUCCACUUCGACUUACAAGCGCCUCCAGGUCGCGUCGCCCGGCACCUGCUCGUCGGGGCUCCGGUGCCGCGUGCGCCUGCGCAACCCGCCGCGGGCCAGAGCGGAAACUCGGCUGUGCCUUCCGCGGCUGUGCCAUCCUCGUUUCCCGCAGCCACUGCUGCGCGAGUUGCAGCCGUCGCUCGCCCGAGCUCCGCGUCCGCACAGAGUCAAGGCGGCGCAUUUGGAGCGGGGACGUCUCCAGCUGCGGACAAAAACGAGGCUGCGGGGGGCGCGAGCGCGGCGGCGGUCCCAGGCGGUGCGCGCCGACUCCCUGGAGACACCCGAGACGGCCAGGCGCCCUCGGAAAGCUGGCCUGCUUCCAGCGGCCUCGAGUCGGCGCCGAGGGCGCCCCAGGCGCAGAGCGGUUUGGAAGCGCCUCCUGCGGGGAAAAAGAGCGCCAGCAAGAGUCCUCGCGUUCGCGGGCGGAAGAAGACCAGCGCGUGUGGGGCGCAUGCGGCGAAUCCAAAGGGCGUUCUGGGCCAGGACGGAGAGCAGGCCGUGUCUCGGCCUGCGCUUGCGGAAGGGAACCAGGGCGGCGCGACGCGCACUGGCCUGGACUCCCAAGAUCCCGGUGUCGAUACAGGCGGAGUCGACUCUCUCGCGGACUUGUUUGGCGGCGCGCGAACCGAAGACUUCCCGACGGCUUCAAACGCGCGAGACGAGAGAAAACCGGGUCCCGGCCCGCACGACGAGACGCCAGGACAGAAAAAGGCUCCUGGAAGCUCUCUCGGCGGCGCCAAGUUUCGAAAGGGGAACGGCCCCGGCGACUCGCAGAGAACUGGAGGGGGGAGCGGCAGCGCGGCCCCAGGAAGUUCCGGAAAGGCCGCUGCCGGUCGACAGACUUCCGGUCCUGAUCGGCAGGAACCAGCUGUGCGCGCCGACGGCGAUGCACUGGCAGCGGCGCAGACACGCCGUGAGGCAGCCUCAGGGGCGACUGCGCCGUUCUUCCUGCGGCCGUGGACUGGGGGGACUGCUCCGGAUGGGCCGGGAAGCGAUGACUUCGGUACAGGUGCGGGAGGUGUGAUCAUUCCCGAUUUGGACGGCGAAGGAGAAGAUGAGUUCAUCUAA